AGAGCCCUCCAAAUUUCACCAGCCGUUUCUUCCAUUGAAACCCCCCUCCAUUUUUGGACAAAGCUCUCUCUCUCUCUCUCUCUCUCUCUCUCUCUCUCUCUUAGGACAUUAUAUGCAUGCAUGGUACAUGUUUGUUUUUUCUGAUGAAGUUUGAUAACUAGGUCGAUCACAUGGCUGAGGGAACGUACGUGAAGCUCACCCCGGAACAGGCAUCAUUGCAGAAUAUCACGCCUGGAGAGCUCAAUCAACCCAUCGACGUCGCUCGGUUGACUGCUCGUAGAUGUCAAGAAUGUGGACAAACACUUCCUCCGACCUACCAACCCCCUGCUGAUGAAGAUUGGUCUACUGGGAUUUUUGGUUGUGCUGAAGAUGCCGGAAGUUGCUGGACCGGACUUUUCUGCCCAUGUGUGUUAUUUGGACGUAAUAUUGAAACUUUGAAAGGAGAUAUCUCUGAGAGGGCUGCUUGUAUUGGUCAUGUCCUAUGCGUUGAAGGAGGUAUGACAGCUGCUGCAGUAACAUCCGUUUUGCAUGGCAUCGAUCCACAGACAAUGUGUCUCAUAUAUGAGGGUUUGUUCUUUGCUUGGUGGAUGUGUGGAAUCUAUACCAGUAUGGCUCGGCAAUCAGUGCAAAAGAAAUACCAUCUAAAGGACUCUCCAUGUGAUCCAUGCAUGGUACACUGCUGUUUGCAUUGGUGUGCCAUAUGUCAAGAACACAGGGAGAUGAAGGGUCGUCUAGCCGAUACUACAACAACAUCAGCCACCGUUGUGGACCCUCCACCGGUACAAGAGAUGGACGCCAUUCAGGACAAGAAAUCUUCUUCAACUUCCUCUGAAGAAAUUGCAGAUCACAAUAAUUUGCAGAUCCAGCCUCUGUAGAAUUUUGCACAUCUAUUUUGUACAGAGGUCAAAAAAAAUUACUCAUAUUUCUUUUAUUGAUAGGCUAAAGUCAGUAAUGUUUGAACAGUUAAAUUAACACCCUUAGAGGAGGAGUUGGACUCCUAACCUCUUUCUCAUGGCACUUAAGUGCACCUCUGAUUCCUUGGACCAAAGGCCUCUUGGCAAGAGAAAUUACUCAUAUUACUUUUUCACUGUUGACAUAUUAAGACUUCUUUUACU